AUGUCUCUUCCACUAAGACACCAUUUGGACGGCGAAAAUCCAUCGAUAAGUGCAAGUCCGCUGUUAUCGAAAGGUUGUUCCAUUAAAGCUUCAAUACUUUCUCGCCUUGAAGCAUUCGGCGUUGUCCUUGCGAAUGAGAGCAUAUCAGAAUUAGAUACAAAGAUCAGCGUUGCGGAAAUUGCUGUAUUCCUGGGGGCAUCCGAUUUUUUAAAAGAAAAGUUAUUGUUUCUACUUCGGCAAGGAACACCUCCAUGGCCCUCCUUGUCUGUGGAGUAA